CAGCGCUGCCCCGGCCGCGGACAUCAGAAACGCGCGGAGCGGCCGCAGCGGCGGAGCGCGGCGGAGCGCGAUGGGCGGCUGAGCCCUGACGAAGCCGCGCUGGGGGCAGGGCCGGGCCGCUGCAGAGGAAAGACACCAUGAAGUGUUAAAAUAACAAAACAAAAGCAAAAAAAUUUUUUACUUGCAGCAACAACAAGAACUAACAGUUCCAGCUGCAGUUUGCAAGCUGCAAAAGAGAGAGAGGCGAGAGAGAGAGGAGGGAAAAAAAAAAAAAAAAAACCCUUCAUGCAAAAGGCGAAUAGAAAGAGCCACUCGCUCUGAUGCAUCAUCAGCACCGUAGACUCUGCAAAGGAUAAUAAGGAGCGAGAGAAAAAACCGCCGGUGCAAAUUGGAGCGGAGGUUGCGAGGGGCUGGCGGAGCGAGGGAGAGGCGGGCGAGAGCGCAGGAGACCAGAUACCGCAAAAAAUCAAGCUGGCUCACCCGGUGGCAACUCCGAGCAGUCCCCUCGCUGCCGGCGUGCACCCUUUCUGGAGGACUGUCAGCAGCAAAAGGAUGGCAUCAGAACUGGCAAUGAGCAACUCCGACCUGCCCACCAGUCCCCUGGCCAUGGAAUAUGUUAAUGACUUCGAUCUGAUGAAGUUUGAAGUGAAAAAGGAGCCGGUGGAGACCGACCGCAUUAUCAGCCAGUGCGGCCGCUUGAUCGCCGGGGGCUCGCUCUCCUCCACGCCGAUGAGCACGCCCUGCAGCUCCGUGCCCCCGUCCCCCAGCUUCUCGGCGCCCAGCCCCGGCUCCGGCACCGACCAGAAGACCCACCUGGAAGACUACUACUGGAUGACGGGCUACCCGCAGCAGCUCAACCCCGAGGCGCUGGGCUUCAGCCCCGAGGACGCCGUGGAGGCGCUCAUCAACAGCAGCCACCACCCGCUGCCCGGCGCCUUCGAUGGCUAUGCUAGAGGGCAGCAGCUGGCCGCGGCCGCCGGCGCCGGCGGCUCGGUGCCCGGCGAGGAGAUGGGCUCGGCGGCCGCCGUGGUGUCGGCCGUGAUCGCCGCGGCGGCGGCGCAGGGCGGCGCGGGGCCCCACUACCACCACCACCACCACCACCACCCGCACCACGGCCCCGGCGGCGGCGGCGGCGGCGGCGGCGGGCACCCGCACGCCGCGGCGCCGGGCGGCGCGCCGCCCUCCUCCGCCUCCUCGGCGGGCGGCUCGGGCGGCGGCGGCGGCGGCGGCGGCGGCGGCGGCGCCGGGGGGCUGCACCACCCGCACCACGGCCCGGGCGGCGGCGGCGGCGGCGGCGGCGCCGGGGGGCUCCACUUCGACGACCGCUUCUCGGACGAGCAGCUGGUGACCAUGUCGGUGCGGGAGCUGAACCGGCAGCUGCGGGGCGUCAGCAAGGAGGAGGUGAUCCGCCUCAAGCAGAAGAGGAGGACCCUCAAAAACAGGGGCUAUGCCCAGUCCUGCCGCUUCAAGAGGGUCCAGCAGCGGCACGUCCUCGAGUCGGAGAAGAACCAGCUGCUGCAGCAAGUGGAGCACCUAAAGCAGGAGAUCUCCAGGCUGGUCCGGGAGAGGGACGCCUACAAGGAAAAGUACGAGAAGCUGGUCAGCAAUGGCUUCAGAGAAAACGGAUCCAGCAGCGACAACCCUUCCUCUCCAGAGUUUUUCAUGUACCCGAGAGAAUCCUCCACAACGGUGAUGUGAAACUCGCUGUCACCCGAGGUCAGAAAGGAAAGUCUCCCAGAAGAUCUGGAGUGGUGACACCUGGACCCAGAGGAGAUCACACUGCUUGUAAAUCUGUACCAUGAGGAGGCCAAAAGUUUCUUCAGCAGCAGGAGGUAACCCAGGACUGCUGGCAGGUACGAGGACCAGAGAGCAAUGCCACAUACAUCAAGAAGAUGAAGGCACCAUUCUUGAAGAUGGAGACUUUGGGGCAUCACAGCAGUCCUGUGUGGAAAGCUUGAAGAGAUCUGCAGGUGGGAACACACCAACAGGCCAGCCACUUGCUUGGUUUAGUCCGUGGACACACUAGAGACCCUAAAUUUCCUCUCUGACUGUGGACUUUUGAUGUUAUAGGAAUGGCACCAAAAAUUCAAUAUAUCUGCUUUGCCAUAACUUUUUCAACGUGCUAAUUAUCCCAGGACUACUUUCAGUUAAAAUUGCUGAGACUUAAUUACAUGAGACUUAAUUCCAGUUGCUUGGUCAGCUUUAAAAACAUAUAUUCAAGUGUGAACCACAAGCACAGCAUUUUGGGAGCCUCUUUGUCCUCUCACUUUAUGUUGGUGUAAGCAAAGAAACUAUGCCUGUGAUUCUCCACUUUAUUACACUUGUUUCAAGUCCAUCUCACUUCUGGAGAGACUGUUCCCAGACUCUCAUCAGUUUAAGGGGCGCACAAACUACCCCUUAUA